AUGGCGCAGGAGGCCGGCGACAUGGAAGAUGGGCAGCUUUCCGACUCGGAUUCCGACAUGACGGUGGCACCCAGCGACAGGCCGCCGCAGGUGCCGAAAGCACUAGGUGGGGAUGCAGUGAGGCCCUUCCAGGGUACUGCAACGGUGUGUGCUCCAGUAUCACAUUAUCGGCCUGUUAAAAGUGUGGAUUCAAGUGAAGAGAGUUUUUCGGAUUCAGAUGAUGAUAGCUCUCUCUGGAAACGCAAACGACAGAAAUGUUUUAACACUCCUCCCAAACCAGAGCCUUUUCAGUUUGGCCAGAGCAGCCAGAACUCGUCUCGUGCUGGUGGGAAGAAGGUUAACAACAUAUGGGGUGCUGUGCUGCAGGAACAGAAUCAAGAUGCAUUGGCCACUGAACUUGGUAUCUUGGGAAUGGAGGGCACUAUUGAUAGAAGCAGACAAUCCGAGACCUACAAUUACUUGCUUGCCAAGAAACUUAAGAGGGAAUCUCAAGAACAUACAAAAGAAUUAGACAAAGAGCUAGAUGAAUAUAUGCAUGACGGCAAAAAAAUGGAAUCAAAGGAGGAGGAAAAUGGGCAAGGUCAUCUCAAAAGGAAACGACCUGUCAAAGACAGACUAGGAGACAGACUAGAAAUGAACUAUAAAGGCCGAUACGAGAUCACAGAGGACGAUUCUCAAGAGAAAGUGGCUGAUGAAAUUUCUUUCAGGUUACAGGAACCAAAGAAACAUUUGAUAGCCCGAGUAGUGAGGAUAAUUGGGAACAAAAAGGCAAUUGAGCUUCUGAUGGAAACUGCUGAAGUUGAACAAAAUGGUGGCCUUUUUAUAAUGAAUGGUAGUCGAAGAAGAACACCAGGUGGCGUUUUCUUGAAUCUUCUGAAAAACACUCCUAGUAUCAGUGAGGAACAAAUUAAGGACAUUUUCUACAUUGAAAAUCAAAAGGAAUAUGAAAAUAAAAAGGCUGCUAGGAAGAGAAGAACACAGGUGUUGGGAAAAAAGAUGAAACAAGCUAUUAAAAGCCUAAAUUUUCAAGAAGAUGAUGAUACAUCACGAGAGACUUUUGCAAGUGACACACAUGAGGCCCUGGCCUCUCUUGAUGAAUCACAGGAAGGACAUGGAGAAACAAAGCUGGAUGCAGAGGAAGCCAUUGAGGUUGAUCAUUCGCACGAUUUGGACAUCUUUUAGUACAUUUUGAGGAAUAAGCCUC